AUGAGACAAGAGGAUUCUCACACACGAUGGAUCCGAUUGGACUUUGAAAACGACGAAAAUCCGUGGACAAGCGACAAGAUUGGACACGUUAUUCAUGUGUUGGAGCGGUCAUUCGACAAGGACGCUGAGACAGGCAACAUUGAAUGGGAGUACUCGGUAGCAGAUUCCCAGCUUCAUGUGCCCAGGAUCUUCCCUGAGAAAACUCAAGAUGCCAUUGCCAGGAACCUCAAACUUCCUCUUAAACCUACGCUUGAAGCAUUUCAUCAGCCUGACAAGCCUCUGGUAUGGGAGACGUCGCCGAGUACGGGCCUGGACUCAUACUUCGUGGAGAAUCCAGUGAUCCUAUCUACGGAUGUGCCAAGUGAGAUGGUGGAAGUGGAGGCAAAAGCUUUUGGCCUGAAUUUCCGUGAGGUGAUGGUUGCGCUCGGCCAACUGGAAGAGCCUCUGACGGGCUACGAGUGCUCCGGCAUCAUCACCCGUCUAGGUCCCAAUACGGAGCAAAGCGGUUUGAAGGUUGGCGACCGCGUUGCAGCAUUGUGCAAGGGCCGUAUCGCGAGCAAGGGGCGAACUUACUGGACUUCGGUUGUGAAGUUGCCGGACGAAAUGCCUUGGGAAAUGGCAGCCUCAUUCCCAGCGGCUUACACCACGGCUUAUGGCAGUUUAAUUCAAGUUGCAGGACUCCAGAAGGGCGAAUCAGUGCUCAUCCAUGCUGCAUCCGGUGCAACUGGCCAAGCCGCGAUUGUCAUUGCGCAGCAUGUUGGAGCAGAGGUCUUCGCUACCUGCAGCACUGAAGGGAAGCGAGGCCUUCUCGUCGAACACUACGGCAUCAAGCCCGAUCAUAUCUUCGCCAGCCGUUCUGAAAGCUUUGCUGCGGGUAUCAUGGCUAAAACAAAUGGCAAGGGAGUUGAUGUAAUUCUUAACUCUCUGUCUGGGCCGCUGUUGAAGGCAUCUUGGGAUUGCAUGGCUCGUUUCGGCCGCUUUGUUGAUAUCACGAAGGUGGACAUGGAGGCCAACCGCUGGUUACAGACAGCCCCAUUCACCCGCUGUUCCAUGUUUUCGAGUUUCGACCUGUUGCAACUUACUAUCGUGGCAGACUGA